UAUCUCUAGUCUUGCUGGAGGAUGCGGUUUGAGCAGCCCAGGCUCUCAUAUCUCUGAAGAUCCUCUCGUCCCCAGGCGGGCAGUAAUGCUUGGAGGAGCAAGAGGAGCCACAGGGUCAGUGUCCCUGUCUCUGGCCCUGUCCUUCGCAAGGGCAACCUUUAACCUUCCACUGCCUACACAUGAGGCUGCCUAUGCCUACUUGUUCUCCUGAGUUUGAGCCACAGAUUGGACUGCAGCUGAUUAUGAAGAGCAGAGGUCCACCAGCCCCCUCAUACUGGAUGCUGUUGCUGUUAUUGCUGUCACCUCCUUACAUCCACCAGGGAUGGGCCUUGGGACACAUUAUUUCCACCCAGAGUGCCCAAGACCCUCCUGCUAGGUACCUCAGCAGUGGCCCAGGACAAGAACCUGUUGCUGUCAUGACCUUUGAUUUAACCAAGAUCUCCAAAACCUCCUCCUCCUUUGAGUUUCGCACCUGGGAUCCAGAGGGAGUGAUUUUUUAUGGGGACACCAACACUGAAGAAGACUGGUUUGUGCUGGGACUUCGGGAUGGCAGGCUUGAGGUCCAACUGCACAAUCCCUGGGCCCGGCUUACUGUGGGUGCUGGACCUUGGCUAGAUGAUGGGAGAUGGCACCAGGUGGAGGUUAAGAUUGCUGGGGACUCAGUGUUACUAUGGGUGGACGGGGAAGAGGUGCUGUGCCUGAGACAGGUGUAUAGGUCCACGGUCAACCAACCACAGCCCCUCAUGAGGAUUGUGCUGGGGGGGCUGCUCUUCCCCACCUCCAAGCUUCUGUUUCCGCUGGUCCCUGCCCUGGAUGGCUGCCUGCGCCGGGAGAGUUGGCUAGGCCAACAGACUCAGCCCUCAGCCUCUGCCUCCACUGGCCUCAGAAGCUGUAACAUGGAGUUGCAACCUGGGCUAUUUUUCCCUCCAGGGACACGUGCUGAAUUCCGUCUCCAAGACAUUCCCCAGCCUCAUACAGAGCCCUGGGCCUUCUCUCUGGACCUGGGACUCAAACUGGCAGCUGGAUCAGGUCACCUCCUUGGCCUUGGUGCAAGAGAGAACUCUUCCUGGCUCAGCCUUCACCUGCAAGAUCAAAAGGUGGUGCUGUCUUCCGGGGCAGGGCCAAGACUAGAACUACCCGUGACCUUGGGACUCCCUCUUCAGCUGAAGCUGGCUGCAUCCACAGUGGUCUUAAAGCAGGGGCCAAAGAAGGAAGUCUUUGCUAUGCCUACUGAGGGCUUUGCCUCUGUUCUCAAGCUCUGGACCCAGUCGCAUGGCCACCUCUUCCUGGGAGCUUUACCAGGAGAGGACUCUUCUGCCUCCUUUUGCUUGAAUGGCCUUUGGGUACAAGGACAGAAGCUGGACAUGGAUCAGGCCCUGAGCAGAAGCCAGGACGUCUGGACUCAUAGCUGCCCCCAAGCAAUGUCAUCAAUCAAUGACACUGAUAUCUCCAAUUAAAGUCCCUUUGAAUAU